UUUGAUUAUAUAUAGUGAGAUGACAACGACAUCCUGUCGGUUCAAAUAUUAAUCUAUUCCCAACAUGGCGAAACAUCACCCAGAUUUAAUUUUUUGCCGAAAGCAACCUGGUGUUGCGAUUGGUAGAUUGUGUGAAAAAUGUGAUGGAAAGUGUGUGAUAUGUGACUCAUACGUGCGUCCAUCUACUCUGGUGCGUAUCUGUGACGAGUGUAACUACGGCUCGUAUCAAGGUCGCUGUGUGAUAUGUGGAGGACCAGGCGUGUCAGACGCUUACUACUGCAAAGAAUGUACAAUAAUGGAAAAAGAUAGAGAUGGAUGUCCCAAAAUCGUCAACCUCGGCAGUGCAAAAACAGACUUGUUUUACGAGAGAAAGAAAUACGGAUUCAAAAAGAGAUGAUCAGCAUUCAUUGAAGUUCAUUACAUCAGUGAUUUUAAUUUCAUAACAAUUGAGGCAGCAAUUAAACUGUGUGCUUACUGUAUUAAACUGUCUAAUAGAGGGAAAAGAGACUGCAGAAAUGAAUGUUGUGCUCAGGCCAUUUUAAUGAAAUGUUCCCAUAAAACUGAGACAAGUCAUUUUAGUGAUGUGGUCUGACUUACAAAACUUUCAAUCUCUAAUUUACCUCUUUUGACUUAAGGUGAAUUUAAGUUUCGUGUGCAGUUGAUAUUUUGAGAGGAACAAAAAACAAAUGAGCCGUGCCAUGUGAAAACCAACAUAGUGGCUUUGCUACCAGCAUGGAUCCAGACCAGCCUGCGCAUCCGCGCAGUCUGGUCAGGAUCCAUGCUGUUCGCUAAUGGCUUCUCUAAUUACAAUAGUCUUUGAAAGCGAACAGUAUGGAUCCUGACCAGACUGCGCGGAUGCGCAGGCUGGUCUGGAUCCAUGCUGGUCGCAAAGCCACUAUGUUGAUUUUCUCAUGGCACGGCUCAAAUAAUAAUUUAUGUUUGCCAUAAAUACAUGAAAUAUGACUACUAAGUUCACUGGUUUGAUAUUUCAUUAAAGGGCAGCUUCAAGGUUUAUGUCAUUUUUUAAAUUUGAAAAAAAAAAUUACAUUUCAUAGGGAUAAGUUCAGUUAGAAUAGUGAGCUCUUAUUCUAGCUCUUGUGAAAGAUACGUAAAAAAACUACCGGUGGUAUCAGUCAUGCAGUAAUAAUGUGGUAAAAAUGGCAUGAUUUUAGCCUUAUUUUAAAGAAGAUUUAAAAUGUCUUUUUUGACUUUGUGAUAUUAAUCUGGAGGCAUGUCCCUUUAAAUUAGAAGGGUCUACAUAAUUAUCUUUUGUUACUUUCACUUCAAAUUUAGCUUUUGAUGUUUUAUUACGUCCUUGUUUAUGCCCUUCAGGAUAAGAUUUUAUUGUUUUUAAAUGCAUUCUCUUUAAAUAAUGGGAAUGUAACAGGGCUAGGUUGAAAUUUGUAGAUUAAAUCAUAAAGGAAUAAUAUUCCUAAACAUCAAAAAUAAUUAACAUAUUGUCUUGUCAGUAAUAGCUGUAUUGUUAUUAUGUGAAUUAUGUUUACAUUAUACAUAUAUAUGUAUACUGUGAAAGCCUUAAUAUUCGUGAGGGAUAAAGAUUUGUGGGUCAUGUGGUUGUGUCUGUCCACGACAUUCAAUCCCAACAAGCACAUAAUGUCAUUCAUUUUAUCUUCAUAACUUAGAAUUCACAAAUUCAUAUUCUGUUUCGGCCAAACUACUAAAUGUUGUAUGCACGAAAUUAAACGAUUUCACGGUAUACAUUGUUGGGAACUAAUUUUAGAGACAAAAUAACAAAUGGUAAUUGUGAUGUUCUAUGUGCAACUGUCUAAAUAUUUAAGACAGUAUGAAAAUAAAUCUUACUUUUAAAA